UUCAGACUGUGUGGGGAUGGGGUUCGUUUCUGCUCCUCUCUGCAGCACAGAGGGAGGUUGCUGCUUCAAUGUUAUUCUUCAGCCUGUAAACAUACAGAUACAGAAGUCAGUGUUGGAGCUCACGCACCAAAACAACAACGAGUGAAAAUCUACCUGCAGACCCUGCAGUCUUUGCUUCGCGACAGUCUGCCAUGAUGUGAAGUAUUAGUGAAGAUGUGAUGAUGACUAUGAUGACGACGAUGGUGAUAACGGAUGAUGAAGUGUGGCUGUAUUUAAAAAAUCCCGAAGGAAUGGACAUUUUAUCACACUGUCGGCACAUUUUCUUCAGGAAACCAUAUCAGUGAUUUAUGGCGUAAAGGUGGAAACAAGAAAAACGAGACUUCGCUAGUUGUCGUGGAAUAUAUGUAUUUUGGAGCUCAUGAUAAUAUUUUUUUAAUUUUUCCUAGCCAUCUCGUAAAUUUAAUGUUGCUGAUUUUGUUUUACUUUUGGAGAGGUUGUCGGACCUUCUUCUGGCGGGAAGGGGUGGGACGAAAUCUGUCUGAUCUACCUUCUUCACGAAGAAGAAGAAUCAGAAACUGGCGAAAACUGAUGGAUGCCACUGUAAGACAACAAGGGAUGCUUGCUUUUCACAACGAGAAAUUCCACUUUCCUUUUAAGGUAAAUAAGAAACUCAAGUAGCCUAAAAAUCGUCCUGGGCUGAUUGUCAAUCCCCUCCUCAGGUAUACCUACCUGUAGCGUCUGUUUUAUCCGAAAGAAGAAAGGACACACUCGAAAGAAAAUGUUGGCAUGUUGAAGUUUCUGUUGGACACCUGAGACUUUAAUGUUGGUGCCUCGCACUUUAUGAUUCACAGCCUCCAUUAAAUUCCGAUAAAAAAGUCUCUAUGAAAAAUAAACCCUCCCUAUUGGCUGGACAGAGCUGCACAUGCUAUAAAGACAGGAUAUGCAAAGAGCUAUGGGCUGAUCUAAAAGCCUAUCAUGGUACUCGCAUGCUUUGUUGACCGAUACCUGCACAUAAUUUAUUAUGCUAUAUGAACUGGAGGGGAAUGGUUCAGGGGCCAUGCAACAUAAAAUAAUAAUGAACGUAAUAAACAUCAUGAACAUUAAAAUGAUUAAUGAUGGACCUGAUACAGUCACGUUGAAGGCUGUCUCUUGGAGAAGUUGUUCCCAUGUAAGCUGCUAAAGAAUGUUUAAGUAUCAGAUCCGGAUGUUUUUCAAUGAAAUCAAAGUGCUGGUACUGAUGCAAUCCGGAUCUACAAGGAGGACUGACACAGGCACAGACCCGGACACACAGACCAGGAUGAGAGGGCUAGCUGUGGGGAGCUGUGGUUGUUCCCCCCUGAACUGCUCUCGACUGGACGAUGAGGAAGAGUACUAUGGCUCUGACCCCCGGCCACACAGCUUGGCUUUUGAGGAAGGAACCACAUCUCAGGGACCAGGAGAAGGACCGGGAGGAGGAGGCGGCCUGGAAGCAGCUUCCCUCCCCAGUCUGUCAGAGUGUGGGAUGCGAUCCUUGCAGUGCCGGAUCUGCUUCCAGGGGCCAGAGAAGGGGGAGCUGUUGAGCCCUUGUCGCUGUGACGGCUCUGUGCGCUGCACUCACCAGUCCUGCCUUAUUCGCUGGAUCAGUGAGAGAGGCUCCUGGAGCUGUGAGCUCUGCUUCUUUAAUUAUCAUGUCCUGGCCAUCAGCACCAAAAAGCCCCUGCAGUGGCAGGCCAUUUCUCUGACUGGGAUUGAGAAGGUUCAGAUUGCAUCCAUCAUCCUGGGCUCUUUGUUCCUCAUGGCCAGUGUCUCCUGGUUAGUGUGGUCGUCCCUCAGUCCUUCAGCCAAAUGGCAGCGCCAGGACCUUCUCUUCCAGAUCUGCUAUGGCAUGUACGGCUUCAUGGACAUAGUUUGCAUAGGCCUUAUAAUCCAUGAAGGAUUGUCUGUUUACCGGAUCUUUAAGCGCUGGCAGGCAGUGAACCAGCAGUGGAAAGUGCUGAAUUAUGAGAAAGCGAAGGAUUUAGGUGACCCAGUCAGCUCCAGCAGUCCAACAGGUGCUGGUGGUGUUGAGAGAAACAGCGUCACAGACAGCAGCCAGAGGACGAGUCGACAUGUCAGGACUAUUCUCAAUCACCACUGUGGCUACACCAUUCUGCACAUCCUCAGCCAGUUAAGACCCAACAACCUGCACAGUGCCAACCAAGAGGUGGUCAUGAGGGUAACCACUGUAUGAGGCCAGCUUACACAGACAAAAGUACUCCAAUACAAAAGAAGGGGAUCAAAGUGUUGAUUGGGAUUUAUUAAAAAAUAAUCCUAAUCUGCCACAUUAACACUGCCAAUACACUUCUAGUCUCAAUUGUUUUUUUGCAUAAUAUCCCUGAACUAUAAGUGGACAAUAAAAAAAUGUUUGCUGGGAUUUGGGUAAAGGUGGAACUCUGUUGUUUUUAAAGACAGAGACAAAACAUGACAAUGAGAAAAAAAAACACUUUAAUUUUAAGAUUUUGUUAUUUGACUGUUUUUUUACCACCAAGAAAAGUUUUACAACAUGUGAUGAGCUGUUGUCAAUCCUUGUCAUGUUGCACCAGAAAUCUGGUGUUUUUUUUUACUUUAAGUU